UUUAGUAGCUCCGAGACGUUGGCGAGCACGGCGCUCGCGUUUAAAUCCGACCUCACUCUCAGUUGAAAGCCGGAGCGAAAUGCACUUGACAUCCAUGCUGAUUGGCCUUCUUAUCGCCGGUCUGGCGAUCGAGCUACCCACGCCCACUGCCGCCCAAUUUUGGAAGAGAGUGGAUACCGCUCCAAGUUGGCACAGGGAACUUCUGGCCGAAAGACCCUCUGGUAUUUGCUACAAAACUCUUAGCGUGGAUACCGUCAAUCCGAAUUCCAGAAACCGACAGAUCUCCUACUGCUGCGAUGGCUAUGUGAAUAAGGGCACUUCCCAGAUUCUAAAGUGUGAACCCAUUUGUUUGGAGGAUUGCUCGAAUGGUGUGUGUUUAGCACCGGGAAAUUGCCAAUGUGGUCCGGGAUACUCCAGAGAAAGAAAACGUUGUCGCUUAACCUACGAUGAAGAUUAAUAAACAAAAGAAUAUAUUAGAAAAUUAAACCAAAAAUGUAGCUAAUUUAAUAAGUUUAUAUAAGUUUUAAAAUCAAAGUACCUUUACCGAGGUCUUUAAUUUUGCCGAAUCUCUUAUCUUGAAAUAUUUCCAUAUAUUUUAAAAAGCUUC